GAGAGAGAGAGAGAGAUCAUUUUGUAUUUUUGUGCGUCACGUUGGUUUCUUCCGCACUCCAUAACCAAGCCGUUCCGACUCGCAGUGUCGAGGAUGCCGUUUGAUCUGGAAUCGUUGUCGGAGGCAACUUCAGGGACUAUUGGAGCUCUGGUCAGCACUACCGCCUUGUAUCCUUUGGAUACCUGUAAGACCAAGUAUCAAGCUGAAGUUCGAGCUCACCAUCACCAAAAGUACAGGAACAUUUCUGAUGUUCUGUGGGAAGCAAUUUCUACUCACAAGGUCCUUUCGCUGUACCAGGGUCUGGGGACAAAGAAUGUACAAUCCUUUGUUUCACAGUUCAUUUACUUCUAUGGAUACAGCUUUUUUAAGAGGCUAUACUUGGAGAGAACUGGAAACAAAAACAUUGGAACAAAAGCAAAUUUGGUUGUUGCUGCUGCUGCGGGGGCCUGCACUGUGAUAGUGACACAACCGUUGGAUACAGCAUCUUCAAGGAUGCAGACAAGUGAAUUUGGGAAAUCCAAAGGACUAUUGAAAACCCUUUCAGAGGGCACUUGGAGAGAGGCAUUUGACGGACUUGGUGUGUCUCUUCUUCUGACAUCAAACCCUUCUAUCCAGUACACUGUAUUUGAUCAGCUGAAACAGAGACUAAUAAGGAGACAGUUGAGUAAAAAGGCUGCAGAUUCAUCCACAGAAGCUCUUUCAGCCUUUUCUGCAUUUGUACUAGGUGCAGUUUCCAAGUGCAUUGCCACCUUUGUAACAUACCCGGUUAUCAGGUGUAAGGUCAUGAUUCAAGCUGCAGAGACAGAUGAAGAUGGUGUAGAGGAAGGUCACCCAAAACCCCAGAAAACAGUGUCUGGUGCAUUCUGUGCUAUAUGGAAAAGAGAAGGUGCCCUGGGUUUCUUCAAGGGGUUACAGGUCCAGAUCCUGAAGACUGUGCUAAGCUCCGCAUUGCAUCUGAUGAUAAAGGAAAAAAUCUCAAAGACUACUUGGGUUUUAAUCCUUGCACUUCAACGAUAUCUAUUCCUCACCUCACCCAGGUUAAAGAGUGCCUGAGACAGUGACGAGGAUGAGUAUGCAUAAAGCCUGUAAACAAAGAAGCUCCACUUGACUUGUCCCCCCCACUCUGUGGAGCAGUAUGUAGCAAAAUAGGCAGAUGAAAAAAAAGUUAUGCAGCAGAAGAAAUAAAUGUCGGGCUGCAGUCGGGGGUACUUCUGUUUCACGCAGAGGAAACUCAUGUUGUUGUAAGAACGGAAAAUUACUUCUGGUUAACCUGUUCAGUAAUAAUAUGGGAGCUUAUACUCGCA